CAGUUCGAUGUGGGAUUAUGCAUGGGGGUUAGUGGGAAACGGGAACAAAAUUUGGUGCAAGACAUGGAGUGAGAAAUUUAGAGACAAUUGUGUCCUGUUUAUAGAAUUUAUAACCGUAACCGUUUCAUAGAAGUGCUAGCGAUAUUGCCUUCGAUUUCAAUACUUUCAUCAUUUGGGGGGCAGGAACACAGGAGCAGAGUUUUACCUGCUUAAGUAAAGAGCCUGCGAGAAUUCACUAAGCGGAGGGAAACGUAGCUCUGAAAUAUCACGUUUUUUGAAUGGGUCCACGCGACUCUGAUCUGAAUUUGCCUGGAUGGGAUGCACAGUGAGUUUCAUCUGUUGUGAAGACGACCUGCUGCAAAUUCCUCUUGACCAACAUGAGGAAAAGAAAGAGGACAAGAAAGUGUUGAACAAGCCUGAGGAGUUUGAGGGUAGACUCCAUUCACACACCUUUCGGGUGAAGACGUUCAAGAAGAGCAAGCACUGUGGCGUGUGCAAACAGACCGUCAGCCAGGAGGGGCUCAUUUGCAGAGUGUGCCGGCUGACUUGCCACAAGACAUGUGAAGUUAAGGUGUCUUCUUCCUGUGUCCCUGCCACUAACUAUGAGCUGGCACCUGGAAACGACAUCUCCCUGAAGCAUGUAGAGACCAUGGGCUCCACAAAGUCCUCUAAGAGCAUGGAGUCUCCACGCAGACCAUCAAGGAGUGUGAGUCUGCUGCAGGCUCUGGAAGAGAACUAUGAGUUGGACCUGGUCUACAUCACUGAGAGGAUCAUCUCAGUCUCCUUCCCCAGCUCUGUGGAUGAGAACAGCUACUCCGCAAACCUCCGCGAGGUGGCUUCCAUGCUGCGCUCCAAACACCAAGACAACUACCUGCUCUUCAACCUCAGCGAGAAACGCUGUGACAUCAACCAACUCAACCCAAAGGUGUUGGACUUUGGCUGGCCCGACCACCACGCUCCUGCCCUGGAUAAGAUCUGCAGCAUAUGUAAGGCCAUGGACACCUGGCUGAGUGCGGACAGUCACAAUGUGGUGGUGAUACACAACAAGGGGAACCGAGGGCGAACAGGAGUGGUGGUGGCAGCAUACAUGCAUUACAGCAACAUAUCAGCCAGUGCCGACCAGGCCCUGGACAGGUUCGCCAUGAAGAGGUUCUAUGAAGACAAAGUACUUCCUGUGGGUCAGCCAUCUCAGAAGAGGUAUGUACAGUACUUCAGCGGUCUUCUUUCUGGACAUAUCAAGAUCAACAACAAACCCCUGUUCCUUCACCACGUCAUCAUGCACGGCAUCCCCAACUUUGAGUCCAAAGGAGGUUGUCGCCCUUUCCUCAAGAUCUACCAGGCCAUGCAGCCAGUCUACACAUCUGGGAUCUAUAAUGUCCAGGGAGACAGCCAGACCAGUGUCUGCAUCACCAUUGAGCCUGGCCUGCUGCUGAAGGGGGACAUUCUGCUGAAGUGUUACCACAAGCGCUUCCGAAGCCCACAGCGGGAUGUGAUAUUCCGGGUGCAGUUCCAUACAUGCGCUGUGCACGACUUGGGACUCGUCUUUGGGAAGAAUGAGCUCGAUGAGACCUUCAAGGAUGACAGAUUCCCAGAUUUUGGAAAGGUGGAGUUUGUCUUUUCUUUUGGGCCAGAAAAAAUCAAUGGGAUGGACCACUUGGAGAAUGGGCCCACUGUCUCAGUGGACUACAAUACCCAAGAUGCUCUAAUCCGCUGGGACUCCUAUGAGAACCUCAAUCAGCAUUGUGAGGACACUAUGGAUGACGUCAUACACACGCAGGGCCCUCUGGACGGCAGCCCCUACGCUAAAGUCCGCAAGAAGGAGUCCAUCGAGGGCGCGGUCACUGCCAACGGCCUCCUGCCCGCCGCCACCGAACACGUCCUUCCCGCGGUCGACCACGGCCUGUCGGUGAGCAGCGACUCCGGCAACUCCACGGCCUCCAUUAAGACUGACCGCACUGAUGAGCCAGCCCCGACAGCAGCAGUCCUCCAGGCAGCCCCCCCAGUGAGCCAGCCGCCAGCGGCCCAGGAAGAGACCCUGGUCUCGGGCACGGUCCUGGCCGUCCAGCCCAUCAGUCCCCAGGAGAAGCAGGAGCUGGAGCAGCUGCUCAGUGGCCUGGAGGGCCCCAUGCAUUGCCAGGGCUACCUGUCGGGCGGAGGGAUGGGGAUAGGGGGAGGGGGACUACUUCACCUGGUGCCCGCCCAAGUUCACGUGAAUGGCCACAACAGCAGCAUGGACAGAGAAACAGAUAUUCUGGAUGACGAGGUGGAACUGCCCACCAGUCAGGAGGGUAACAGCGUGGAUAGCCUGGGCACUCUGUCAUCCCUGGAAGGGAGAGCCACGCCAGCAGACCUCUAUUACCAGACUGAGACCGUUAUCAACGGGCAGGACAAGGUUCCCUAUCUGGAGAGGAGCAUCCCAGAUGGGCCCCCGGAAAACGUUGCCUUCAAUGUCGCAAUAGGCUUACAUGAUGUGGCUGCACAGGUUCCCAUCACCUUGGUGCAAAGCCUCUGCUCAGCUCAGGAUGGGACAGGUGAGUCAGUUCCCCCGGCGAGCGAUUACAUUAUCAGCCAGAAUGGAAACCUGUAUCGCUCACAGUCAUUCGGUGCAGAGCAGAAUCCCCUCCCCCGAGCGCCAGCACGCACCACCAGCAGUCGUAAAGCCGUCCAACGUGGGCUCAACGUGUGGCAGCAAUAUGGCGUCCCAGAAGAGCCGGUGAUGGACGGGGUGUAUUUUGGCUCUCCUCCUCCCUCCAUGCCUCUACAGAGCCACCACAGCAUGCCCCAGUACCCCCACCAGCAGACUGCCUCACAGCAGGAGAUUGAGCAGUCCAUUGAGGCCCUCAACCUGCUGAUGAUGGAACUGGACCCCGGCCGCCCAUUGGGGCAGGUGCCGAAGUCCCAGAGUGCCCCGGGGGAGAACAAGGUGGUGGUGACCACGCAACCGUCCUUCUCCCAGACCCAGGCAAGACCCUCCUACCAGGCUGACUCAGCUAUCUCGGGAAGCCCUGCGCCCAGCCUAGCCCAGGUCACGCUGAGGUCCUCCCCCUUCCAGCCGUCCACGUCACCAGAGCCCUCUGCCAUCCAGAGACCAGCAGCCAUCUACCAGCCUAGUCCCCCUGUAGCCCUCGUGCCAGGCUUCCCCACUGAACCUUCCAGCCAAGGGGCAGCCAGGACCAGCUCUCCCACCCAGGUCCCCACUAGCGGGGGCCUGCUGCAGCUGAAACCCGUCAACAUGUACCCCGCCAGCACAAUGUCCCUGUCCCUGUCCCCGGAGCUCCAGGAGCCCCAACAGAGCCGCAGUGCCACCUCCUCAUCUCCCAAGCCGAGAGAUGCAGAGCCUGAUGAAGUGCUCCAUGUGGAGGGCCUGGUAGCCCAGUGUGUGGCAGAGUACUCGGCCCGAAUGCAAGGCCGACUCGCGUCUCCUCGGUCUGAGCACCGUCGCUCCCUCUCUGGUGUCCAGUCCUGUGGGACGUCAUUGGACGAGGCAUCGGCCCCGCCCCAUCACCGCACCGCCAGCGAGGGACAAUGCAUCAAUGGCCACAACGAAAGCUCCUCCUACGAACCCCCGGUCCGCUCCCCUAUUCGUUGCGUCUCACCGGAGUUCGUCAACACCAUAGCGCUGAAUCCCGGGGGGCGGCCCAAGGAGAGACACAUCCACAGCUACAGAGAGGCCUUUGAGGAGUUGGAUGGAGGCCCAGUCAGCCCCACGCCCACUAUUGGUGGUGAGGUGUUCCCCCAAACCCCUGCCUUCCCUGUCUCGCCGCAAACCCCUUACUUCAACCUGUGCCAAGCUCGUUCCCCUCCAGGUCUGAUGAAGACCCCUCUCUCUGCCUUGGGCCUCAAACCCCACAACCCAGCCGAGAUCCACCUCAACCAGAGUGGCUCAGAGCCACUGAGCUAUGUGGAGUCAGUGGCCAGAUCGGCUGUGGCUGGCGGGGGACCAGCAGGAUCACCCGUGACCCUCACCUCCACAGGAGAGACCUUGGCUAGGCAGACGACCCCUGACCCCUCCCCAACCCUCAACCCCCUACUGUCUAGCAGCAGCCCCAUCCACAGAUCAGAGGGAGAACACCCCUUGGCUGACAGCAGUGUGAGCAUCCCCUCGCAAGCGGCCAUUGAUUCCGGCUUACGCUCCUUUCCUUCCGAGGGCGCGUAUCCCAUCCCCUUCCCCACCCCUACCCCCAUUGCCACUCCCACCCCAUACCUCCAGGCCCUGGGAAUCCCCACCUCCUCCUACCUGAGCUCCAACUCCCCCAGCCUGUCCUACCUGUGUUCCCCCACCACCACACCCUCCUACCUGGGUCCCAGUGGCCCCAUGGGGAGCUACUUCUCCCCGGACCCCAGCCCCCCCCAGCCCCAGCCGGAGGUAUCCGCCCGGGAAAGCCUUGUGGCCGUCCGUCCCUCGUCAGUAUCAGGAAGUCUCCACACACUGCAUCGCGACCCCAACACCUCAUCCACCAUCCCCUCCCUCCAACAUCGGCACCAGCCCACCAAUCAGUGCAAUCCUGUCAUGGGCCACCAGCCCUCUCCAGCCAAUGGCAUUGUGGAGUUUGGGAUCCCUGGGAUAGUAAUGACAGGAAGUCCCGUGUUGGGCCGCCACCACUAUAACCCAUGUGUGUCCCAGGGGACACAAUCCAGCCCAGUGCUGAGCCGACAACCGUCUCUGACGCAGGCCUGCCAGGACAGCCCCGUGCUCAGCCGCCAGCCCUCCCUCACUUACAGCCAACCCAUCCAGACCAGUAUCCAGAGAAGUCCGGUGCUGAGCCGACAGCCAUCCCUCACCCACCAGCAGGGCAGGGGUAGUAGUCCGGUACUGGGCCGACACCCGUCCCUCGGCCAGAUGUCACAACGCAGUCCGAGUCUGGACCGACACCCAAUGCUGCAUAGUAGUGGCUACACCACCCCGGACGAGAGACACGGAACCCUGUCCCGUCAGAGCAGCUCCUCUGGCUACCACCCGCCCUCCACGCCCUCCUUCCCCGUCUUCCCCGCGGGCUACCUGGACGGGGGGAUGGUGGGGGUAAGGCAGGGCAGUCCGGACCCCCAGGCACAGGCUCAACCCCAGCUUCCGGAGAAGAGGCGCAUGUCGAGCGGGGAGAGGCCCAACGGGGGGCUCUCGUACGGGACGCUGAAUGGGAAAGUGUCCUCCCCCAUGUCGAGUGGAGGCAGCACACCCAGCACUAGCUACUUUCAUACACUGCCGGACUUCUCCAAGUUUAACAUGACUGACGGGAGUCCAGAGACCAGGCUAAAUGUAAAGUUUGUUCAGGAUACGUCCAAGUUCUGGUACAAGCCUAACAUCUCCCGUGAACAAGCCAUCGGCCUGCUGAGAGAGAGGGAGCCAGGGGCCUUUGUCAUCCGUGACAGUCACUCCUUCCGAGGGGCCUAUGGCCUGGCCAUGAAGGUGGCCUCUCCUCCUCUUACUGCACAGCAGUCCAAGAAAGCUGGUGACAUCACUAACGAGCUGGUGAGGCACUUCCUGAUUGAGACGAGUCCUAAGGGAGUGAAGCUGAAAGGAUGUCCCAACGAACCUUACUUUGGUUGUCUGUCCGCUCUGGUGUACCAGCAUGCCAUGACUCCACAGGCCCUGCCCUGUAAACUGGUCAUCCCUACCAGAGAUCUCCACCAGGAUGUCCCAGAUAUCGCCACGCCAACCAACCCAGCUGACAACCUCCUCAAGCAAGGAGCAGGGCAGAGGGCCCCUGCUGACUCCCAUGCGUGCAAUGUGCUGUACAUUAACUCGGUGGACAUGGAGUCUCUGACGGGACCUCAGGCCAUCGCCAAGGCGAUCUCGGAGACGAUGGCCGCCGCGUCUCCGCCCACCGCCACCGUCGUGCACUUCAAGGUGUCGCCCCAAGGCAUCACCCUGACGGACAACCAGAGGAAGCUUUUCUUCCGGCGCCACUACCCUGUCAACACUGUCACAUUUUGUGAUGUCGACCCUCAGGAGAGAAAGUGGAACAAACCUGAUGGAGGCACAGCCAAGUUCUUUGGGUUCGUGGCUCGGAAGCAAGGAAGCACAACUGACAACGUCAGUCACCUCUUUGCCGAGAUGGACCCCGAUCAACCCGCCAGCGCCAUCGUCAACUUUGUCUCCAAGGUGAUGAUCGGCUCGCAGAAACGAUGAGCUGACCUUUUGGUGACCACUGGCUUUUUCUUCGUUUUUUUGUUGUUAUUUUUAACUACGGAGGAAAUAUAUGUCCUAUUUUUAUUAGUUUGUGUUCUGCGUUUAAUCUUGUGUCACCUCUUUCCUUCUGAUCUUGUCUUUUACCUGUGUGUGUGUGUGUGUGUGUGUGUGUGCGUAAUGUGCGCGUACGUGUGUGUGUUUCUUCUUGGAAGGACUCCUUUGUGGCGCUAAUUAGAGGGAUAGAGGAAGUGCAGUUUGUGGGGUGUGGCUGUGUGGGAUGUGGGAUGUUGGCUAUGGGAGGCCAUUGUGAUCUCUAGCAGGGUAGCACAAGAACAGGAAGAGGAAAUGAUGUCAGUGUUGAUGUCAGUGAGCAUGAUGCGUAAAAAGAGAAGAAGAAGUAAAGUUGUGUGAUGUAAAGGAGGGUGUUAUGCUAUCAGGCGUUUGGACUGGUCAACCAAAGAUUUUUUUUAAGCAGCGAAUAUGUCACUGUCGGAAGGUAUGCUAGAAAUGAUAUUUUGUAAAAAAAAAAAAAACAAAAAAAACAUACAUUUUAUGUUCUUUCUAUAUACAAGUACAUACUGUAUUUAUAUAUUUUUUCCUAAAGAGUUUGCAUCUUUGCUUUCUUUGCAAACCGUAUUCCAGUAUUUUUGCACGCUGGCGAGUUGAAUCAAUGUAAAUAUCACAGAGUGCUCUCUGGGUAGGGUGUGGAUGACUUGGGGCCUAAAAUUGUUGUUGUUGUUGGAUUUCUUUUAAAGAGCUUUCAGUAAAGAAAGAAAAGAAAGAACAAAGCUGUUCUCUUCAGAACAACAGAACACAUCUGUCCUAGUCUCCUCCUCCGACUUCUACCUUCUUUUCCCCUCCUCUUUUUAACGGUUGAAGGAGGGAGGAUAGAUAGAAGCUUGUCCAGUUUGGUCCAACUAUUCACCUACAGAGGGGUAUUAAAACCGUGUAAUGACGCUGGCAGCUGGCGUCACCCUUCUAGACCAACCUGCAAUGCACCUCUCUAUAUAUACAUUUUGUUUUGGCUGAUUGGUUCCCCUUUUUGUGUCUACCAUUGACUAUCAUUGAAAAACUGCCACUCCAAUCCGCUGUGCAUGUAUGAACAUCAUGGAAGGUCAGAGUUCACUGCUGAUUUUUGAAGGGAGGAGGGGUUUGGGCAACGAGAGCUUAAGUCCACAUUGAUACUGCUACAGCAUAGAACUCUCUCUAUAUUCUCCCCCUGCAACCAUCCCAGUAAAGAUCGAGAGAUGCCACUAUCUUUACAGAUCAGCCUGUCAAACGUGUAACACCCACAUCAUACCCACAAGUAAGCUAUAUACAUACAAAUAUACAUAUAUAUAAAACUUCAAAAAAUAUAUUUAUUUUUUUGCUCUGUCACUCUGUUAACUCAUAUAUCAACAUUUACAUAUAUAGUCUACUCUACAUCAAGAUAUACUGAGUGUCAAAUAAAUUGACUGUACUUUGGCUAAGAUUUCAUGAGACUUUGAACUGCAUCUAAAUAAAUGGUGUAAAGUGUAUGUAUUUUAAAGCUUUGUUAAAAAAAAAAAAUCACUGCAUUACUUUGUUGACGUUAUGAGUCUUUGUAUGAAGCAGCCUUUGGUGGGGGGAGAGAAAGAGCGUCUAGGAAAGUUCUUUGUUGCAAAAAAUUGUGCCAACAUUUUAAGUUUUUGUCAAAAUAAACCUGCCUAAAAUGGAAAGGUCAGAGUUAAACACUUAAACGUUGUCAUGUGAAAUAUCAAUGCAUCUAUGUGUAGUUGUAUGUUCGCUGCGUGUUUGGAGGCGAGAUAUUCUUUCCGUGACUACUUCCUCUAUCUAACAUCACAGGUUUAGUGAAGGACCACCAUAUUAUCUCUUGAGCAAUUAUUAAUGUUGUUAUGUAGGGCCUACUGCCAUCGUGUGGUGAACCAAAGUUUGACUACCAAUUGUGUUUUUACUACAGUGUUUUAACUGUGAUUUCAGCAAUUACCUUCAAUGGACUAGCAAGACUCAAAUGGCUGAGUUUAAAUGAUUAUUUUCUGAAUAAGGAAGACAAAUAUUAUGUCAAUUUUUUGGCCGUUAUCAUUUUAUGAAUGUCCUUAUUCAAUUUGAUUCUGUUUAGAGCAGGUUAGCCGAAUCUCAAUGGUCAAACCUACUCCAGUGAGAAAAAAAAAACUAGCACUUAUAAAUGGCAUUCUGUCAUGUCAAAAUACACAGUAAAUGUUUGCAUGUCCACUUCUGUUACCUCUUAAUAUUUUGUAUCAACUGGGUCUUUUGUGUUUAAGCUUUAAGCUCCACUGUCUUCUCCCAUGGAGUCUGUACUUGUUCCAUUCAAACAUCAAACUGUUCAUUCUUCUUCAAUGAGAAUCCCUCCAUUUUAAAUUUAAUCGUAUUUAUUAUUUUGAUGAGUCUCACAACUGUAACACUAAAUGUGGCAAAAGCAUGGUGGAUUCUGCAUUUUUCUAUGAGAAACGUGUGAGAAAUGCAUGUCGGGUAAAUCCCCCUCUACCACAAAACGAAUGACAGUCUCAUUGUUUGGCGCGUAAGAAGUCUCUUCUGAUGUACAUGUGGCCACUUUGAGGAAAUAGCCUGGACUUAGAAUGUGUGAAUGAAUGGGCUUCUGUGCCUGUACAGAACUAUAUGCAUUUUAAUUUGCUUUAUUGUAUGGCUUUUAUUUCUGAGAUGAAAAAAAAAAACACAUUAAAAAGUAAUUUGUGUUUU